GCAAACUCAAAUAGUACGCUCUCACUAUAACAUCCAAUCCGCAUUGACAGUCUCGAGCAAUGGCGUCGAACGGGGUGAAGCAAGAGGAGACAGCGAGCGUCAAAGCGGAGGAGAGCGCAGACGACACGCAGGUCAAAGUGGAGGAGGAGGAGAACAAGGACAGCGUAAAGGCGGAGUCGGACGACGCCGCGGCCGUGAAGACGGAGGAGCAGAAGACGCGCGACGUGAAGCAAGAGAAGAAUGGCCGCGUUAAGGCAGAAAUCGUCGUCAACGGCGUGAAAAUGGAGGAAAAGAUCAAGAAACAGGAGAUGGAUGGGGUUCAGUCCGCAGUUGGGGUCGCUGGGGACGUGAAAAUGGCCGUUCGGAGCGUGAAAAGAGCCGUCAAGAAGGACGAGGAGAGUAAACAGCAGGAGCAGCAAGAGGAUCGCUCCCACAUCCGACGCAAGGCCGUUAUCUGUGAUGCAGCGCUAUGGGACUCGAUUGAGUGGGUUGUGGCUGCAGGAGCUGAGGUGGAUGCGGGACAGAGACUCGGUACAGCUGGACGCCUGGAGGAGGGCAAUCAGAGACCGAUGCAGGCCCCAGGCAAGGGACGGCUGUAUAUUUUGACCAAAGAGCAGUCGGACGAACUCAUGGGCGAUAAAGAGAAGGUGGCAGCGACUGCAAUGAGGACUGUUGCCUUCGUGGAGUAUUGUAUUCACCCUGUUCGCAACGGCCGCACGUGUUUGAUGUGCUUGGCGGCUGUGGAUGACGACGAAGAGAAUGAAGAUAUGGAGAGCGUUAAUGUGGUCUCGCAUGGACAAGUGAUCCGACUUAACGUCGAGGAAGCGAAAAAAUUCGACUCGGAUAACAUUAGGCGGCAGCUUGGUGCGAAGAAACUGUCGUUGGUGCUUGAUCUGGACCACACCUUGCUGCAUGCUGUGCGUGUGGACGAUGUUGUGGGCGAAAUCAAGCAGACAGACGACAUCCACUUCUUUUUCAUUCCGGGACUUGCUCAGCAGCACGUGGUGAAGUUACGACCUGGUCUUACUGAGUUUUUGACGGAGUUAUCAGCGUUGUAUGAUUUAUUCAUCUACACGCACGGCACGCGACUGUAUGCUGAGCAGAUUGUCAAGAUUAUUGAUCCGGACGAAACGUACUUCAAGAACCGUAUCGUGGCGCGGACAGACACCCCGGAUAUGCUUCACAAGUCGCUGAAGCUGCUUUUCCCGUCUUGUGAUGACUCUAUGAUUCUUGUUCUGGAUGAUAGGAUCGAUGUGUGGAAGGAAAACGAAGGAAAUGUCUUCCUAAUCGAGCCGUAUCACUAUUUCAAGUGCACUUCUGAGAUUAACAACGCGUCGGGCCGAGGUGUAGCUGGCAUGGAGGAUUCGGAGGCCGAGGCCAGUGAGGACAGACAUCUUGCACAGUCAACAACAGUUCUCAAGCACGUACACGAGGAAUUCUAUGCGGGUCAUGAAACAGGAAUGCGAGGCAUGACCGCCGAGGAGCAGAUGGCUGGCAAUGGCCGCGACGUUAAAGCGAUUCUGAGCGCGCAAAAACGCGCGAUCUUGCAAGGCUGCAGUAUUGUUUUCAGCGGAGUAUUUCCAAUCGUCGGUCCUCAAAGUCAUGAAUCCCACUACCUGUGGCGUCUUGCGGUGGAUUUGGGUGCUACCCCCAGUAUGACGUUAAAGGACUUUCCACUGACGCAUUUAGUGAUUCACCCAGAGCGAUUAGGAACUCAAAAACACGUUCAGGCGAAAAAGAUACCUGGAGUGCACAUUGUAACCCCCGAUUGGAUCCUGAAGUGCACUCGAUCGUGGUCUCGAGUCCCUGAACAUGAUUUCCUUGCUGACGAGUGGAAAGCAAAACAUACAAAGAAAGAACCUGAGAAGCAGGCAGACGAUGCUAGUGUGUCUUCUGGAGCAGCAGCGCCGACAGACACGAGUGAUGGUGCUGGUGGAAGCCAACCACCCUCACCUACUGCCCCUGCUGCUGAAGCGAAGACGGUUACUAGUAUCCUAGUCAAGCGAGAAGUGGGGGAUGCAAAACUUGGAAAGCAGGUCUCGUUUGCGAAAGUUAUUGACGACUCUGGUAACCCUCCUAGCGAAGAGGGAACUAUACGAAAGUCCAAAGUGGUGAGAAGGUCUCGAGUAAUUCGAAGACCGUCUGGUGCUGGUGGAGCUAUUGGUGCUGUUGCUACUGGAGUCGUGGCUACUGGAGGCACAUUUGAUUUCCUGUCAAAAAUUAAGGCAACGAAGCGUGAACCCUCUCGUGCUAACGUCAAGUCCGUAAAGACUGAAGAGAUGAAAAAAACUCCAGCUCGUCCGGCUUCUCCACCUAAGGAUAUCGACGAUGCGUUUUUGCGCCUCAUGGAGGCGGAGGAACGUGAAAACGAGGAAGAGGAAAAGCGAAUACACUUGUCAACGAAUAUCAAGGACCAACUUUUUUCAAGACGGAUGAAGGAGAGCAAACGGUCUUUGGAAUCAGAUCCUACAGCAGCGAAGCCGGGCGAGAAGCGAAUGCGAGUGACUCCAUCGGAACCGACUAAUGGGGAGGCUGAAAAUGAAGAAGGGGACGAUGAAGAGGUGCAUAGUUUUUUUACGGUGGCUUGCUGCUCGAUGUAUUCUAACCACCUCGUAUCGUAUUGAUCGCAGUUGGAUGACCUCGAAGCUGAUAUCCUGGGAGAUCUAUGAAGCCUGUACAGAUCUGCUGCCUUCUUCAAUUGCCAUUAGACCGGUGCUCUACAAAGAAAAGGAAGUUACCCCGAAAUACCAACCUACGUUAUCCUUGCUAUCACGACCCAAGCUUCCUAUACGAGUAUAUUGUACUCCGGAAGGUGAACGCGUGCUUCCAUCAUAACACGCUCUCUCCACCCUCAAAUGCGGGUCCAAACUAGAACGGGGAGAACUGCACCACACUGGGACUAGAUUACUAAAAAAAAUAAAUGCUUCACCACUUCAAUUGAAACACAUACACGUACUUCCUUAAUUGCGAUGA